AUGGAUGAAAAUCAACAGCAGGGGCCGAUAUUCCGAUCACUCAACAGUCAGCACGAAUCCUUUGUCAGGUUUAUUAACACAACGCCUCAUUGUGUUACCUUAUAUUGGAUGGAUUAUCAAGGACAGGCGAUUAGUUAUGGCGAUUUAUCAGCUGGAGACUACAGAGAAAUUAACACGUUUCACACCCAUCCGUGGAUCUUCGUCAACAAAGAAACUCGAGUCAGGUAUUUGGUGGAGCAGCGGGACGUUUUCUUUCCUGAACCAUGGUUCGUCAAAUAUCGUGGCGUCAGACCGAGCGAGCUGCCGCAAAGAAUCGAGAGGACCGACGUGCGCAUCGUGCUACCGAUGUUGACACUGCAACAAUUGUCACUGGGGGUCAUCAAAAAGUGUCUGACGUACGAUUCACAGGCCUUUCUCCUCGACAUUCCACAGACUCUUCAGAUAGAGCUCUUUACGAUGUUACCAAGAAAACCUCAGUCCUCGUGA